GUCAGUUGAGCGGAGCGUCCGAGUAGAUACAAUGAGCUCCCGUGUGUUUAUUGGUCGACUGAGUCCUCAUGCCAGAGAGAGAGAUGUGGAGAAAUUCUUUAAAGGAUAUGGGCGAAUAAAAGAAAUUGAUUUGAAAAAUGGGUUUGGAUUUGUGGAAUUUGAAGAUCACAGGGAUGCAGAUGAUGCCGUUUAUGAACUGGAUGGAAAAGAACUGUGUAGUGAAAGAGUUACAGUUGAACAUGCAAGAGCACGACCUAGAGGGGGGCGUGGAGGAGGACGCUAUCAAGGUCGCUUUAGCCCACGGCGCCCACGAAGUGAGGCAAGGAAUGGGCCUCCAGUACGCACGGAGAACAGACUGAUAGUUGAGAAUUUGUCCUCAAGGGUUAGUUGGCAGGAUCUGAAAGAUUUCAUGAGACAGGCUGGAGAAGUUACCUUUGCAGAUGCACACAGGCACAAAAUGAAUGAAGGGGUGGUGGAGUUUGCCUCGUACAGUGACUUGAAGAAUGCAGUUGAUAAACUGUCUGGCACAGAAAUAAAUGGAAGAAAGAUCAGACUGAUUGAGGAACCUAAACAUCACAGGUCUCGCAGCAGGUCACGUUCACGUAGCCGCACGUAUUCCAGGUCUCGUAGUCGUUCUCGCUCUAGGAGCCGAAAAUCCUACAGUAGAUCAAAGAGUAGAAGCCGCAGUAAAUCCCGUUCUCGCAGUAGAUCCCGUGCCCCAGCCAGGGAACAAAAAGUUCAUUCGCCUUCGCCAUCCAAAUCUCCCGCCUCAUUGGAGCGGCCGCGGUCUCGGUCUCGAUCUCGCUCACGUUCUCGGUCAAUGUCAAGGUCACCUUCUGGUGCAAGUGCAGAUUAAGCUAAGGGUGUUAUAACAAAAGUGGACUUUUACCCAAGUAAAUAAAAGUUGUAGAAAAUAGUUCAUGUCAAAGGACAUAUGAAACUUAAUUUGUUUGCUUGGGACCAGAGUGUCUGCAAUUCUUGGAAGUAUGUUUGAAUUGUAUUGUUUACAUAUGCAGUCCUUCCAAACAAAAAAGUGUAUGCACAAGAUACCCAUUUAUUCCACCAAAAUGUGCAAUUAAUGACUUCAAAGAUGCAUCUAAAUUUGUAUUGAACCACACUUUUCCUGGGAUAAAUAUUGUAUUUCAUUACAUUAUGUUGUUUUUCUUUAAAUAAAAGUUGCAAACCUA